UGCUCCCAGUCGCAGCGGAGCCCAGCCCUUGCCAUGACCACCAAACAAGCCAAGAAGAAAGAGGUGCAUGGUAUCACUUCGGUGCAUAGCUCGGAUAAAUCUAAAGAUCAGUACUUUUUUGGUAGUAAUACACAAAGUACUGUUGAACAGAAGAAGUGGAAAUUCCCAAUCUGGCCAGAAUGGAAUGAAAUUGACAUAAAUGCAGAAAAGUGGGAUGCAGGCAAAGGUGGAAAAGAAAAGGACAAAGCGGGAAAAAGCCCUAUAUUUCAUUGUUUUGAAGACCCUGAAGGCAAGAUUGAAUUACCACCAUCACUGAAAGUUUAUUCCUGGAAACGUCCACAGGAUUUUUUAUUUAAUCGGGUUCCAGUAGUUGUAAAGAAUGAAACCACGUUUGACUUGUUUUCAGUAAAUGAACAUUUACUCUGCAGUGAGUUGAUGAGAUGGAUUAUCAGCGAAAUCUAUGCAGUGUGGAAGAUAUUCAAUGGGGCUAUUUUGAACAAUAGCUUUAAAGGGACUACAGGGGAACCUCCUGUUCCCAUCUGGAAGCCCUGGGAACACAUCUACUCUCUGUGCAAAGCUGUGAAGGGUCACAUGCCUUUGUACAAUAGCUACGGAAAGUAUAUUGUGAAACUAUACUGGAUGGGUUGCUGGAGAAAGAUAACCGUUGAUGACUUUCUGCCUUUUGAUGAAGAACACAAUCUAUUGCUUCCAGCUACAACUUGUGAACUUGAACUCUGGCCCAUGCUUUUGUCUAAAGCUCUCAUUAAGCUGGCAAAUGUUGACAUCCAUAUAGCAGAGAAGAGAGAGCUGGGAGAGUCCACCAUUAUUCAUGCACUUACAGGAUGGUUACCGGAAGUCAUUCCUCUCCACCCACAAUAUAUGGACAAAGUCUGGGAGCUCUUGAAAGAAAUAUUGCCUGAAUUUAAGCUGACAGAUGAAUCCAACUCUGAGAGCAAAAUAACAGACGUAGAUAGCAAAUUAAAAGAUGCAGGAAAAGAAGUGAAUUAUGGGAAAGAAGUAAAAGAUGGCAAAGAAGUGAAAGAUGGCAAAGAAGUGAAAGAAGGCAAAGAAAUGAAAGAUGGCAAAGAAUUCAAACCUGAACCUUCAGUUACAACACUAAAAACACUUGAAAAAAGUGACAAAGUUCCAAAGGAGAAAGCAGAUUUAAGAGACAUUGGGAAGAAGAGGAGUAAAGAUGGAGAAAGGGAAAAGGAAAAAUUUAAAUGGUCGUUUCAUGGUUCCAGACCCUCAUCAGAAGUCCAGAACUCUCUGCUGUCUCUGUCGGACUGUUCUUCAGGAAUGCAGUCCCCUCACAUGGUUGUAUAUGCUACCUUUAUUCCUCUCUAUUUGUUUGAAAAGAGGAUCUUUUCACUAGAGACAAUGACCACUUCUGCUGAGAAGCUCAGAGAAUAUGGCCUGUCCCACAUCUGCAGCCAUCCUGUGCUGGUCACCAGAACCAGGUCCUGCCCACUUAUAGCACCACCGAAACCACCACCAGUGCCUGCCUGGAAACUCAUUCGUCUAAAAAGGGAAACUGUGAUAACAGCUGAACCUCAAGAAAUAAUACAAAAGAAGCCUGAACAGUUUCUUGAAAUAUCAAGUCCAUUCUUGAAUUUUAGAAUGACUCCCUUUACAAUUCCAACAGAAACUCAUUUCGUACAAUCUUUUAUUAAGAAAGGGAUGCCUCCAGCAUCUGGUUUAUGUUCCCUUCCUGAAAAUGAUGAGGGCACAACCUGUACCCAGUCAGAAGUAAGUCAAGUGACAGGAACUACAUCUCCGGGUAAUGUUUACUCACAAGUUAUACACGGAAAAGAUGAACUGAUAGACCUUGCAUUGAAUGACUCAUCCCAUCCAGUUGACGGAUUGAGUUUGGAAAGAGAUCUUGUCAGCCUGAUAGUAACACUGGAUAAAUCACAGGAGGAAAUUACAGAUAUGAAUACUAGUGUUACUAAAGAAAUAUGGUUAGAUUUUGAAGACUUCUAUGCAUGCUUUCAAAACCUAUAUAUUUUCCACAAACCAAGUUCAUAUUGCUUUAACUUUCAAAAGUCAGAAUUCAAGUUCUCAGACGAGCGGGUGUCUUACUAUCUCUUUGUGGAUAGUCUAAAACCUAUUGAACUACUCAUUUGCUUUUCUGUGUUGGUACGCUGGGGAGAAUCCGGAGCUCUUACAAAGGACAGCCCCCAGGUAGAGCCUGGACUACUUAUAGUUGAAACAUUUUUUUGGAAAUCUGUGAAGCCACGUGACGUCAUUCUGAAGAUUUAUACUUAUAACACCAAGGCAUCUAUGGUUCGCCUGCCUGUUGGGAGGCAUAUGCUGCUCCUCACUGCGUACUCGCCCAUCGGGCACUCCUUACACAUCUGCAGCAUGGUGAAUUUCGUCAUCGGGGAUGAGGAUGUGGUGCUGCCCAACUUUGAGCUGGAGAGCUUCCGAUUUACAGAGCAGGCGCUCACGAUUUUGAAGGCUGUUGGAAAUGUGAUUGCUAAUUUCAAAGACAAGGGCAAACUUUCUACAGCUCUGAAGGACCUACAGACAGCCCACUACCCUGUGCCCCUCCACAACAAAGAGCAAACUGCACAGCACUUCAGGUGUUUUCACACUUCCUUAUGGCGUUUAAUGAAAAAAGCUCAAGUAACGAAACCUCCUUCAUACUUUAAAUUUGCAUUUCGUGCUAUGGUUCUGGACUUGGAUGCACUCGAUUCCUCCUUGGAAGAGCCUUCUGUAGCAGAAUUCACUGAAGUGAAAUAUUUCAUGCCAGUAAAUGACAAAGAGGCAGUAGCAGCAGCAACUAAAAUUCAAGCUGUAUGGAGAGGGACUUACGUGAGAUUGCUUAUGAAAGCUAGGACACCAGACACAAAGGAAAAUGCCAGUGUUGCAGAUAUUCUUCAAAAAGUUUGGGUUCCAUUGGAAGUUAAUAUAGAUCAGUAUGCAGUUUCUCUCUUAAGACUAAUGUUUAAAAACAAGUGCAAGUCUAUUGAAUCUUAUCCAUGCUAUCAAGAUGAAGAAACUAAGAUUGCUUUUGCUGACUAUACUGUAACUUAUACAGACCAGCCACCAAAUAGUUGGUUUAUAGUUUUCAGAGAAAUAUUUUUGUUUCAUCAAGACAUGAUUUUGGUUCCCAAAGUAUAUACUACAAUUCCAGUCUGUAUGCUCCAUGUUGUUAAUAAUGACACAAUGGAACAAGUGCCAAAGCUAUUCCAAAAAGUGGUGCCUUAUCUUUAUACCAAGAAUAAGAAAGGAUACACAUUCGUGGCUGAAGCAUACACUGGUGACUCAUAUGUAUCAGCCUCACGAUGGAAACUGCGUCUCAUUGGUUCUUACAACCCACUCCCAAGCCUCUCUCGAGAUUUUCCAUGCAGCACCUUUGCCAUAAAAGAAAUCAGAGACUACUAUAUACCCAAUGAUAAGAAAAUUGUCUUCAGGUAUUCAGUGAAAGCUGCAUUACCACACCUUGCUACAAUCCAUGUACGUGUGUCCAAGCCAGAUGCCUUCAUCAAGCUACAGAUUCUAGAGAGUGAAGAAGUUGUCAUUAGCGCCACUGGGAAAGGCCAAGCUAUAAUCCCAGUAUUUAGCUUCUUGGGGAAUGAAAAAGUUCUGAGCUCCCAGUCUAGCAAGCAAAUUCUUUUACUUCAUACUCCAUCCAAGAAAGAUCAAGAACUGUAUGCUAAGAAGAAAAGUUCCCAGGGAAGCCAGAGAUCCUAUAAAGGUAGACCUGGAAGUGCACUAGUGGACAGUGGUCAGGUUAUUUUGGAAGAGGAAACUGGCAAUAUGCCCAUCCUAGAUGAAAGUGUUGGCAUAUCACAGCAGACUUACAAGUAUAUUAUACAGUGUUUGGUAUUAUAUAACAGUUGGCCUCUCACUGAAAAUCAACAGAUGUUUGUUCAAGCACUAAAAGAGUUGGAGAAAAGUGAUAUCAAAGCUCAUGGAGAGAGACAUGAGGAAUUAAUUUCCUUGGGAAUCCCAGAUUCCCAUUUUAUUAGUGAGGGGCAAAAAUCUUCAGGAACAUCCAAAGCAACAAGGAAAGGCAAAGAAAAGUCUUCUGAGAGAGAAAAGACAGCCAAAGAAAAACAAGCACCUCGCUUUGAGUCUCAGAUACCCACUGCACACUCCCAGCAAGAAGACCCAAAUAAACCCUACUGGAUUUUGAGGGUUGUCACUGAACAUAACGAAGCGGAAUAUCUUGAAGUGAAAAAAGAUACAGAACGAGCAGAUGAGAUCCGAGCUAUGAAGCAAGCCUGGGAGAUGGCAGAGCCAGGAAGAGCCAUCAAGGCUUAUCAGGCUCGUCUGCAUUACCUCAGCCGGUUCAUUAAGAAAACACCCGAUGGCGAGGGCGUGCCUGGGACUGUAUCUCUGUCAGAAAGCCAUUCGCGAGGAGAAGAAGGGGGAAAGAACAGAGAUGGGGAAACCAUUCCGGAAAGUACUGCCACAAUCCAGCUGCGGAAGGAUAACUGGAGGAUUACUUCACGAUCUCAAUCAUUUUUGGAAAUGUCUCCACGACUUAUUCAAAAGGCGCUAGAUCUAGAUAUAAAUCAAUAUAUACGGAAAACAAAUACGGAGCCUUUGCUGCAAACAGAUGACCUGAAUCAGCAGCAAGCAAUGCAAAAGGCAGAGGAGGUCCACCAGUUCCGACAGUACAGGGCCAGGAUCCUUAGCAUUCGAGAAAUUGAACAAGAAGAACGGGCUAAACUGCAGGAUAAAGGCCUGGAGAUGUAUGCAGAAAUGUGGGACUCCUUAGAUGAUGCCCGUCAAAAGAUCUUCAAUAUUCGGGAAGAGUAUAGAAACAAGAUGCUGGAGGCUGAGCGCCUGAGGUUGGAGGCUCUGGCUGCAGAGGAAGCAGCACUGCGGGCAGAGACAGCCAAGAAGACCAUCUCCAUGCAUGACAAAGACAAGAAAAAGAAAGGAAAGAAAAAGUAACCAGGAGAUACCCAAUCCCACCUUUCUUCUGAAAAAGGAAAACCUACUUUUCAUUAUCUAUAACUUUUCCUGUUGACAAAAAAUGUAG